CUCCUUCUCCUUUUCUCAGUCCUCACACUUCUCUUGACCUAGAUUUCUCCCUCUAUUUGUUCUCUCUGCCUGGCAGCCCCACCUAUCCAUCUCCUGCUUAGCUAUUGGCUGUUCAGCUCUUUAUUAGAUCAAUUAGGUGUUUUAGAUAGGUAAAGUAGCACAGCUUCACAGAGUUAAACAAAUGCAACAUAAAAGAAUGCAACACAUUAUUGCAUCAUUGAACAAAUGUUCCACAGCAUAAACGAAUGUAACACAUCUUAAACUAGUAUUCCACAAUAUCUUGAUCCUCUUGUCUCAGCUUCUCUCUCAGUCAUGAGUCACCCCACACCAUCCUCUUUUUUAAAAAGAUUUAUUUUUUAAUAAUAAUUAUUAUUAAUAAUAUUAUAUUAUUAUUAAUAUUAUUAUUGUGUGUACAGUGUUCUGCCUGCAUGUUUGCCUGCAUGCCAGAAGAGGGCACCAGAUCUCAUUAUAGAUGGUUGUGAGCCACCAUGUGGUUGCUGGGAAUUGAACUCAGGUCCUCAGGAAGAACAGCCAAUGCUCUUAACCUCUGAGCCAUCUCUCCAGCCCCCAUCUCCAGCUUCUUGCUUUAAUUAUUUUUUAAAAAAAUGAUUUAAAAUUUAUUUUUUAUGUGUAUGGGUGUUUUGCCUGCCUGUAUGUUUAUGUACCACUUGUGUGCCUGGUGCCACAGAGAUCAGAAGAGGAUGACAGGAACUGGAGUUACAGUGAGAGGCAUGGUAGUACCAUGGUGGACUUCUCUUGGUCCCAGCCUCUACCAGGCCUGAGUUUCAGUUUCUGUUGCAGUUUCGGUUUUUGGUAAAGCAGGUGAGGGAGAUAUUGUACACCAGGCUUGAUACAGCACUUACAGCCCCAGCCAAACAGAAACAUGUUAGUGUGGCUGUUGCUGCCAAUCAUGUUUAGGAUGACCUAAUUUCCUCCUAGCUAUCUAGAAAAGGAGCCUGUGAGCUUCUCUGGGGGUCACCACCAUUUUGUUGUGUGGCUGACUCCCACAUGCAGGAAUUCAUCUCUUGAGAAAUAAAUGCUCUUGCUUUUGCAUACGUGAGUGGUGGUCUUUUGUGGGGUAAUCUGUGGACCCUAACAAUGGAUGGUGGUGAGCUAUUGUGAAGGCAAUAUGAAGGCCUAGAUUUGACUUUAUAGACUCCAUCUUAGGGACGGUCCCCAUCUUAGACCACCUGGUGACUAGGGUCUGUACUCAGUUCCAGGAAUGUAGCAUGACGACUCAAACAGAUAUCCUAAAAGCAACUGAUUAAGAAAUAGGGCAGAAAAGUUUAACAAGAUUCAGAUGUUCCUGCAGACAUUCUGUCUGUGGUUUUUGGCCCUUGAAGAUAUCCAGAUAAUUCUGUCAGCAGGCUGUGGUUCCACGCCAAAAGUCUAACCCAAAUGUGGUUUUGUGCUAAAAGUCUAGACCAAUAGUUUCAAAAAAAUCACCUUGCUCCAUAUCCCUUCUAUCCAAUCUCAAAAUGCCCAGGCAUGUAAUUCUCAGCUUGUGUCUUUUUUCCUUUAAAAACUCUCCUACCCCUAAGCCCCUGGCCGAUGUCACAUUUCCCUCCAUCUGCCGCAUCAGAACAUAAGGUGGUGGUCCGGGUUUGAACCUGAAAAUAAAAAGACCUUUGUGUGCUUGCAUUGGAAACUGGCUCCUUGGUGGUCUCUGGGGUAUUUGCAACACAGGCACAACACUACCAUGUAGUUACUGGGAAUAGAAUCCAGGUUCUCUGGAGGAGAAGACAGUGAUUCUUAACCAUUGAGCCAUCUCCCUAGCCCGGUACUUUAAAUUUAUUUAUUUAAAGAUUCAUUAUUACGUAUACAGUGUUCUGCCUGCAUGUAUCCCUGCAGGCCAGAAGAGGGCGCCAGAUCUCAUUACAGAUAGUUGUGAGCCACCAUGUGGUUGCUGGGAAUUGAACUCAGGACUUCUGGAAGAACAGUCAGUGCUCUUAACCUCCGAUCCAUCUCUCUAGCCCCUGGUACUUUAAAUUUAAAGACAGUGUGGGAAUAUUGUAUAGCUGUCUUGUUACUAUAGGGCAGCACAAUGACACUCAGGAAUUAAAAACCCAGGAGCUUGAAAAGGCAUCACUGAAAGGUUGACAUUGAGGAGAGAAGGACAAGAGCCGUGCGCUAUCUGGCCUGAAAGAACAUUCUAGGCAGAGGGUGGCAAGAACAAGGGGAAAGGGGCGAGACACACAGGCCAGAGCAAUGAAUGGCGCCAGAUAGGACAGAGAUGACAGGCCAUAAGGAAGACCAUGAUUAUUAGUUGGAUUGAAAUUUAUACUGACAUCCUGAAAGAUAAGCCUGUAAGAAAGCCUGGGUGCUCCCAGGGCAAGCUCCAGCUCUGAGCUGCAGACUGUGGGUUCAGUUCUUUCAAUUAAUUACCUAGCAUUCAUUCUCCAAGUAUUCAGGGGAGGGGUACAUUUGUUCCAGGGCCCUUGCUAGAAAUAGGGAGAAAAUACCCUCACACCUUAGCCAUGGAAGAAGAAAACCUUUCAGGGCUUGGGGAGGUCCUGCCUUCCCACGGGGGCGGGGUGGUGGUGGUACUGUCAGUGUGGCUUGAUAACGGUCAGCUUGGGAAAUGAAUGGGUUAACUAACUGCAGACAAGGAGGAAGGAAGCCAGAGAGUGUAGGGGUGAGAACAGGAAGAACCGGCAGCCCUGGGCAGCCCUAGGCAGCCCUCUUCUGUGUGUGUAGAGGGGCAGCCCUGGGCAGCUGUCCUCUCUGUGUGUAGAGGGGCAGCCCUUGGUAACCUGUGUGUGUAGAAGGUUCUGUUUCCCCACCGAUUCUAAGCUCUACCCUGGCCUGAGGGGAGGACGUGGACGGGUCAGGACAGGUGGCCUGGACACGGGAUGUCUGCCUGUUGACUACUCAUGCUUCACUUUUAGAACAGUUUCCAGAAGUGGUGGGAGGGAGAGGGCAGGGCGACUAAAUAUAGUUCUUGGGCCACUGAACUAUCUGGGAGGGUCUGCCCUCUGUUCGGCAUGUGCUUGUCAACUGUUGAAUCCACCCACUGCCAUCUGGCCCUGAGUCCCGUCCUUUCACUGAGCCUGCUGCCUGCUGCCUGCUGGUCUCUGGACACAGCUCUGAUCAGCCUACUGUUAGGCCUGUCCCUGGCUGGUGCUCCCGGGAAUCUCUUUUGGCUUGAGUUCUCCCUUCAGAUCUACUCCUCUUCCCAGGCUCACCAUGUCGGCUGCUCCAGGCCUUCUGCACCAGGAAUUGUCCUGCCCACUGUGCCUGACGCUGUUCGAUGCGCCAGUGACCGCUGAGUGUGGCCACAGUUUCUGCCGUGCCUGCCUGGGCCGCGUGGCAGGCGACCCUGCCGCCGAUGGCACAGUGCCCUGUCCUUGCUGUCAGGCACCCACGCGGCCGCAGGCGCUCAGCACUAACCUGCAGUUGGCGCGUCUCGUGGAGAGUCUGGCCCAAGUGCCCCAAGGCCACUGCGAGGAACAUCUGGAUCCACUGAGUAUCUACUGCGAGCAGGACCGCACACUUGUGUGCGGUGUGUGUGCCUCGCUCGGUUCACACCGUGGCCACCGUCUUCUGCCUGCUGCUGAGGCCCACGCAUGCCUCAAGACGCAGCUUCCGCAACAGAAACUGCAGCUGCAGGAGGCAUGCAUGCGGAAGGAGAAAAGUGUGGCCGUGCUGGAGCAUCAGUUGGUGGAGGUGGAGGAGACAGUGCGUCAUUUCCGGGGAGCUGUCGGGGAGCAGCUGGGGAAGAUGCGGGUGUUCCUGACUGCCCUAGAAAGUUCUUUGGACCGUGAAGCAGAAAGGGUUCGGGGUGAGGCUGGGGUUGCCCUGCGGCGGGAGCUGUCGAGCCUGAAUUCUUACCUGGAGCAGCUGCGGCAGAUGGAGAAGGUGUUGGAGGAGGUGGCUGACAAGCCACAGACAGAGUUCCUUAUGAAAUACUGCCUGGUGACCAGCAGGCUGCAGAAGAUCCUGUCAGAGUCACCACCACCUGCAAGGCUGGAUAUCCAGCUGCCUGUCAUCUCAGAUGACUUCAAAUUCCAGGUGUGGAGGAAGAUGUUCCGGGCCCUGAUGCCAGCGCUGGAGGAGCUGACGUUUGACCCUAGCUCCGCGCACCCGAGCCUGGUCGUGUCCCCUUCGGGUCGCCGCGUGGAGUGCUCGGAGCAGAAGGCCCCGCCGGCGGGAGAAGAGGCGCGCCAGUUCGACAAGGCGGUGGCGCUGGUGGCUCAGCAGCUGCUGGCCCAGGGCGAGCACUACUGGGAGGUGGAGGUGGGCGACAAGCCGCGCUGGGCCCUGGGCGUGAUGGCGGCCGACGCUCCCCGCCGUGGCCGGCUGCACGCGGUGCCCUCGCAGGGCCUGUGGCUGCUCGGCCUGCGCGAUGGCAAGAUCCUGGAGGCGCACGUGGAGGCCAAGGAGCCGCGGGCGCUGCGCGUGCCCGAGAGGCGCCCGGUGCGCAUCGGCCUCUACCUAAGCUUCGCCGACGGCGUCCUGGCGUUCUAUGAUGCGAGCGACGCCGACGCGCUGGCACCCCUCUUUUCCUUCCACGAGCGCCUGCCCGGGCCCGUGUACCCCUUCUUUGACGUGUGCUGGCACGACAAGGGCAAGAACUCGCAGCCGCUGCUGCUGGUGGGGCCUGACAGCGAGCAGGCCUGAGGUCACCUUUGCAGGCCUGGAGUGGGUGGGGCGGGUUUCUGGGACUGAAGGCUAGGCGGAGGGGUGGUCAGGGAGGGGGUGUUUGUCUCAUAGGGGUCAGAGAAGUACACAGGUUGGGACGCACAGGGGACCCGAGGGUGAGGGAUCGAGGGGUAGGGUCUGUGAAGAAGCGCGGUGAGACAGAUCAGUGAGUUUGGGCCAAGAGUGCCAGCUGAGGUUUAGGGAGGCUGGGGAGAGGGUGGGGUUUGAUGGAGGAUCUUGGGAAGUCUGUGGAACAACGGUCCCUUCAGCCCCACAACCCACUCCCGAAGGCCCCUUCCUCCUCAAGGCUGCAGAUUCCCCUUACCCGACGACAGGUUUUCAGUUAGUGCUUACAUCUAACUGCCUUUUCUUUUCCUUUUGGUUUUUCGAGACAGGAUUUCUCUGUGAAACAGUCCUGGCUGUUCUGAAAUCCGCUUUGCAGACCAGGCUGGCCUUGAACUCACUGAGAUCCGCCUGCCUCAGCCUCCCCAGUGCUGGGAUUAAAGGCGUGUGCCAUCACCACUUGGCUUCUAACUGCCUUUUCAAAGCCCCCAACAAUCCUGACAGACUGCUGGUGCAUGACUGUAAUCCCAGCACUGAGGGGGUGGGGUGGGCUGAGGCAGGAGAAUGGGAAGUUGAAAGUCAGCAGGACUCUGUCACAGACAAACCAAUGUGCACAGACCAGUGACUUGAUAAAACGUUGCUGUUUCUGAGGUAGUAGAUCUGGGGGAGGUCAAAGAAGGCUUCUUGAAGCUGGAGAGAUGGCUCAGAGGUUAAGAACACUUGCUGCUGCUGCAGAACAUCUUGAGGUUCGGUUCCCAGCACCGACACUGUGGCUCACAACACUCCAGUUGCAAUGAACCUGAUGGCCUCUUCUGGCCUCUGUGGGCACUUGUGGUACACAGACAUAUGUGCAGGCAAAACACUCACACAUGUUUAAAACAAAAAGGAUUGCCUCUAUAUCGCUAUUUCUGUUUCUGUCUCUCUUUGGAGACAAGGUCUUGCUGUGUAGCCCAGGCUAGCCUAGAAUUCACUAUGUGGGCCAGGUUGGCUUCAGAUUCUUGAUUCUCUUCCUCAGCCUCUGGCGUGUUGGGGUUUCAGGUGUAUGUCACCAUGCCCAGCGAAGAUGGUUGCUUCUAACAAGUUUCUGAGCAGUCCUGUAGCUGCAGGUCACCUGGGAUCACACUGAGAGCACACCUUGACUAGUCAGCUCUAAGUGUGGACAGAGGCAUUGAGUCUAAACACGUUUCCUGGUACAAUUAGCAUUUCUUUAAGUUAAGGGCCAUGUGCUCUCACGUUUUAUGUUUGAAUGUGUGUGUUGAAUACUUGGACCCAGCUGGGGGCAUUAUUUUGGGUAGUAUUGGAAACUUCAAGAAGAAGAUGAGGAAGAAGGGCCUGGCUGAGGAAGAUCACUAGUGGCAUGUCUUUGAAAGUUAUGCCUGGUCCCUAGGAAGCUCCGCUCCCUGUCCACCCUGAAGUAAAGAACCCUGUCUGCCACAUGUGCCUUCUGCCAUGUCGCUCUUCCCAAGCACGGGAGCCUAAGUCACCGUGGGCUGAGGUGUCAGAAACCUUGAGCCAGGCGAGCUCUUCCUCCUGAUCACACUAAAUCCAGCUGUGCUGGUUAGUUUCUUAUUUUAUUUUUCUCUCAACUUGACGUAAGCUAGGGUCAUUUGGGAAGAGAGACCCUCAACUGAGAAAAUGUCUCCAUCAUAUUGGUCUGUAGGCAAGACUGUAGGCAUCUCUGGAUUUCCUAACUGAUGUGGGAGGGCUCAGCCCCCUGAAGGUGGUGCCACCUCCGGGCAGGUGGUACUGAGUGGAAUAAGAAAGGAAGGUAGCAAGCUGUGGAGAAGAAGCCAGUAAGCAGUGUUCCUCCACGGCCUCUGCCUCAGCUCCUUCCUUCAGGUCUCUGCCUUGGGUUCCUACCGUGACUUCCCAUCAUGAUGGGCUGUGAUCAGAAUGUGUAAGUCAAAUAAAGCUUUUCCU